AUGGCAUCUAUCACACCAGCGACAUCGACCAUGCUCGAGACGCGCCGUCGCGUGGAUGGAGUCACGACCGUCAAGGCUGACUUGAUUCAGCCAGGCGCAUCAGCCAUUGCACCCAAGGAGCCUCUUCGAGUUUCUGGGCUGCUCGAUCGCCUGUACGAGUUCGAUGAGCUCACGCCGGCUCUGGGACGCACGUAUCCAACGCUCCAGCUCCGCGACUUGUUGCACCACGAAAAGGCGGACGAACUGAUCCGUGACUUGGCUAUUGUAAUCUCCCGCCGGGGCGUGGUAUUUUUCAAAAACCAGGACUUGUCACCCCAUGAGCAGAAGUUCGUCACGGACCGCUUGGGCCAUGUCACUGGCAAACCCGCGAGUUCAGGACUGCACAUUCACCCUGUGUACAAUGCCGAGCGGCAAGGCAAAGAUCAAGUCGUGGACGAGAACGGCACACAGAACAAAGAUAAUGAAAUCAGUGUGAUUUCAAGCAAUCUGCAUCGCUCGCUGGAUGUUGCGCCCCGCUCCAGUGCGGACGAGUGGCACAGUGACAUUGCUUUUGAGCCUGUGCCUGCUGACUACACAUCGCUGAAGGUGCAUACGAUGCCACAUACUGGCGGCGACACAUUGUGGGCGAGUGGCUACGAGGUGUAUGACCUACUUUCUCCGCCUUUCCGCGCGAUGUUUGAAAAGCUAGAAGGCUUUUACUAUCCGCCAGAGUUUACUAUGUCUGCUGCGCGCCACAAUUACCAGUUGUACGCUGGACCACGCGGGGCGGCAGAGAACGUGGGCACGCAUCUUACGGCUAGGCACCCACUCAUUCGCACGAAUCCUGUCACAGGCUGGAAGUCGGUGUUCGGCAUCGGCCACCAUUUCCACCACAUUGUGGGCGUGAGCGCGGACGAGAGCGAUCUGCUUAAGCGCUAUAUCCGUGAUCUGGUGACACAAAACCACACAACUCAGCUGCGAUACCGUUGGGGCAAGAACGACUUGGCGAUAUGGGAUAAUCGAUCCACAUACCAUGCUGCGACGCCCGACUACUUUGAGCUUGGACCGCGCUCUGGAGUGCGUGCCGUCUCGUGCGGUGAGCUUCCUUACUUUGAUCCAAACAGCCGGUCGCGACGUGAAGAGCUGCAGGGCAAGCUGAUCUAG